AAUUCUCAAGUGAAAUCCAAUAAUACAAUAAUAAAGACAAACCGAAAAGAAGCAACACAAUUUCCACUGAACUUGGUGGAAAACUCAACUAAAUAUUGAAAAUUAGUAAAGCUUAUUACAACAAGAAAAAUGGGCAAAGACUUCUACAAGAUUCUGGGCAUUGAUAAGAAGGCCACCGUCGAUGAGAUCAAAAAAGCCUAUCGCAAAUUGGCUCUUAAAUAUCAUCCCGAUAAGAACAAGUCGCCACAAGCGGAGGAACGAUUCAAGGAGAUUGCCGAAGCUUAUGAAGUGCUGUCAGAUAAGAAGGAGCGCGACAUAUUCGACCAACGUGGUGAAGAUGGUCCCGAUGAUGAUCCCGAAGAUGAUCCCGAAUAUGAGCCCGGGCUGUCCGGUAGCUAUAGUAGUAGCUAUAGUUAUCAGUUCCACGGCGAUCCGCGAGCCACAUUCACACAGUUCUUUGGCUCAGCAGAUCCAUUCAGUGUGUUCUUUGGCGGUGGCGAUAGUAUGUUUGGCGGACCCGGUCAAAGUCAGAGUCAAGGACAAGAACCAAUUGAACACAAUCUCUAUGUGAGUCUAGAAGAAGUGGACAAAGGAUGUACCAAGAAGAUGAAAAUAUCCCGCAUGUCGAUGUCAACCGGACAAGCGCGCAAGGAGGAGAAGGUACUUAGCAUUACAGUGAAACCAGGCUGGAAGGCGGGAACCAAAAUCACUUUCCCCCGCGAAGGUGACCAAGCUCCACAAAAGACCCCGGCUGAUAUCAUAUUCAUCAUACGUGAUAAGCCACACACUAAAUUCAAACGGGAGGGCAGCGACUUGCGUUACACUGCCCAAGUGAGCCUCAAGCAGGCUCUAUGCGGAACUCGGCUGACCAUUCCCACACUGCAGGGCGAUUGCAUUAUCGUCAGCACCCAAGGAGAGAUUAUCAAACCCACUACCACGAAACUCAUCAGUGGGCUUGGAUUGCCCUUUCCCAAGGAGCCAUCACGACGUGGCGAUUUGAUUUUGGCCUUUGAUAUCAAAUUUCCCGUUUCGCUACCUGCGAAUCUGAGAUAUCAGUUGUCCGAACUGUUGCCAAAUUAAUGUAUGGUAGCUCAAUCGUAUCCACUAACUACACUAAUUCUUUUUUUUUUUGUAUUCAUUUUUAAGUAAGGCCCAAGAAGUUUCGCCAAAUCGAAUUCGGCGAAUAUGGAAUAUGUGAUACAUAUACAUUUAUAUAGAACCUCUUUACUAUUUUGACUAGAAACAUUUACUCCGACACAUAUUCCAAAUUCGAAUCGAUUCGAUCUGGCGGAAGAACGUAAAUGCCUAUAAUAAUAAUAAAAACCUAUGCUAGUUUCGUGUAUAUUAAA